AUGGUUUUGUCUGCCCCACUUAUAGCCCUGGGGGCUACCUUAGGGACUGCAACUAGCAUCCUUGCCCUCUGCGGUCUCACCUGCUUCUGCAAAUGCAAGCAACCUGGGAAAGGACUCUCAGAAAAGGACCAAGAGGAGAACACGGAAAACACUAAGCCCAGUGUGCUUCAGCCAGUCCAGCAAUUCAACGUUAAGAAAACUGCAGAGCCAGUCCAACCACGAGCACUCCUGAAGUUUCCCAACAUUUAUGGCCCCAAGCCAGUAGUAACUUCGCCUGAAAUUGUUAACUACACACAGUACUCGCUGAAGACAACAGAAGAACCAACUACUGUAAAACAUGCUGGUUUGGAUGAGAACAGAAUGAAAAUACAAGUCAGUGAAGAGCUGUUUGUUCUCCCUCAAAACGGUGUGGUAAAGGAUGUGUGUGUCACGGAGCACUUGAACCCCAAGAGGGCAGCCAGCUGUAACCAGGCCCCCGAGCUGCGCUACUCCCUGGAGUAUGAUCAACAAAAAGCCGAGCUGCGUGUUGCCCUUCUGGAAGCUAUGCAUGGCAGAAUGAGUGGGGACCAAGAUGCUGGCUGCCAUUGCUACAUACUGGGCACCCUGGUAAGCAAGUCUGGUAUUGCUGAGGCCCAGACAGAGCUGAAGAAGAAGGUCCUUCACACCCUCUGGGAGGAGGUCCUGCGAUUCCCAUUAACAGAGGAAGAGAUGCCAGAGGGGACACUGAGUCUCACCCUGAGAAACUGCGACAAGUUCUCUAGACAUAGCAUUGUGGGGGAACUCAAACUGAGCCUUUCUAACAUGGAGUCAUUUGGGAUGGCCCAAUGGGAAAGACUAAAGACCCCAGAGAAGGAGCCAUCUACGGGUCACGGUGAGGUUCUGCUCUCUAUCAGCUACCUGCCAGCAGCUAACCGCCUGCUGGUGGUGAUUAUUAAGGCUAAAAAUCUCCAUUCCAAGCAGCUGAAAGAUCUACUUGGCAAUGACGUUUCGGUCAAGGUGACACUGAGGCAUCAGUCCUUAAAGCUGAAGAAGAAGCAGACCAAACGUGCAAAACACAAGAUCAACCCUGUGUGGAAUGAGAUGAUCAUGUUUGAGGUGCCUCAUGAGCUCCUGCGUGCCUCCAGCGUGGAGCUGGAAAUGCUGAGCCAAGAUGAUGCUGGGCAGAGCCACGUGCUCGGCAAGUGCAGCCUGGGCUUGCACAUCACGGGCACAGAGAGGAACCACUGGGAAGAAAUGCUGAGGAACCCCAGGAGACAGAUAGCCAUGUGGCACCAGCUCCACAUGUAGUCUUUUUGUGUUUACUGAUAAUGAGAUUUCUACCAGACCUCUGAGUCUGGAGGAAUAAGCUGCAUUUCACCUUCCAUCUUCUCCUCCACAAAGUUGCUCAGUACAGCAUUCUUCUUACACCACCUUCUCUGAUUUUCUCAUCUUAGCCCAGGAAACUGUC